GUCUCUUUCAGACUCGUUUUCGCAUCAUUGGUUGAGUCUCCGAGAGAGACACUAUAGAGUUCGUCGUCCGGUGUCGAACGUUCGAGCACGUUUCCGCCGCGACGAUAACAUCAGUACUUUCUAAUAUUCACAUUGACGACUUUGCCGCCAUCACCGGAGACAUAUCACCAUCUCUCCGUCAGGCUGCCGAAUUCUCACCGGAGGACGAUUGAAGGCUGAUUACGUCAUCAUGGACGCUGGCAGUCUCUCCCGGAUGUCUCAGACUCCUUCUUUCCACCAGGCGCAUGGCUUGGCCAUGAGCUCUGGCCUGGCGUCUCGCAGGGGAGGUCAGAACAUCAAGCCGCUUUCGUUCGAGGCUUUGAAAUCGCAGCCUGAACGCGACAACGGGGUGCCAACUCCUCGCACCAGCCGGUCGCAUUUGCUGGCCGGUCUUCGUACGGCUCCCAAGUCUUCGACCGCCACGAGCUUUCCGAACCUUCCUUCCCCGACAACGGCUGCUCCGCAGACUCGUAAUCGCAAUUCGAUGCUUCCUGGCAUGUACGACAAUGCCACGCUGUACAACGGACCGAAGACGUCAAUGCCGCGCUUUGCGUCGCAGCAGCAUCAGCAGCAUCAACAGCACCAGCAGCCACAGCACCAGGGGUACAACAAUCAGAUGAUGGGGUUCAACCAGCAAUACACGGCUGAGCAGGUUCUAGCGCCCCCGCAGCUCGAAUUGGACGAGGUUCAGGAACCCAUUGAUCCCAACCUGCACGCCCGGCUGCUGUACACGAAUGCGUACUUGUCGGAGCAGCAGCAGCGUCUUCAGCAGCAGCUUAGAGUCCUCCAGGCGGCGGCUCAGCAGUUCCAGACUCUGAACAUUCACGGGCAGCCUCAGAUGAUGCAAAUGUACCAGCAUCAGGGCAUGAUGGCUCCAGCCACGCCCCAGCAAAAUGUCUACACCGUCUACGAUCCUGCGACGGGCCAGCACGCCAUGUACAUGGACCAGAACCAGGCUCAGGUUCAGGCGCAAGCGCAAGCGCAGGCCCAGGCACAAGCUCAGCUCAACGCUCAGCUGACGGCGCAGCUUCAUGCUCAGCUCGCCAACCUCAAUCUCAACCAAGCUCAGCUGGCCAGCAUGUAUGGAAAUGUGCAGCAACCGGCUGUAGGCACUCCUCGUCUGCAGGUUUCGCCUCCUCCUUCGGACCCGAACAAGUCAAGCUUCCGGAUCCCGACACCGCCCCGCCAGUACGAAUCUCAGGGCGACACUUCCAGCCCCUUGCCGCCGCCGAGCGCCAAUGCGUUCCGCCGUGGUCAUAAGAAGGCCCCGUCGCUCUCCAACGGGAACAGGGCGGCUCACUUGUCGAUUGCGACGAACGAGGAACCGCCCAGGUCAGCGGGCCCGAGGACCGCUUCCUUCCCACUCACACCCCUGACUGCUGGCUAUGGACCUGGCCAGGGACGAGCUGGCGAGCACCCAAUUCGCCAGCCGCGAAACCCGCCGUCGCUGGAUGAGCUGAAGUCGAAGCCCACGGCCAAGCAUGAAGGAAGCAAGAACUUUGUCACGCGUACCCGUCGCUCUGCUAUCAACAAUCUCGUGCGAGCCGGUCUCGAGAGGCGCAAGGAAGCCCGGAGCUCUGGAAGUAUUAGUCCUAUUUCGGAGAGCACCGAAGAGCUUGUCGAGACGCCCAUGACCGAUAACGACAGCGACUCGGUUCGUAGUGGGUCCGGCAGCCUGGUGGAUCGCGACGAUGCCGAGUGCAGUCUUCCUAGCUCGAGAACUAGCACCGGUAGCUGGGGCGCUAUUGGAUCCGACCGGCCCAGCUCGCGCCAGAAGACCGACCGUGGUAGCGCGGCUUCCUCGGACUCGGAGAGCGCCCGGGAGCCGGGCAGCUUCGCCAGCCUCCUCAAGAACAGCAACCGGGCCGCCAAGCCAGAGGGCGAGGUUCAGCGCAAGGCGCCGAGGCUCGUCUUGACGAGCGCUGAGAGGCGGAAGCUGGCUGCCUAGACAACAACAUGAGUUGGAAGGGGGUGAAGAAACCUGCAUCUCACGCGAAUUCACGAUUAUGUCCAUGUCUUUUCACCAUUGUCCGCGUCUGGACGGACCCGAGACCGGGUUGCGGCGCCUCCUACGGUCCGGGCUGCUCCUCCGGCGGCAUGGCUUUACGAAAGUUGUCUCUUGCCCUUCUUAACACGACAGGUACCUGACGUUUCACAAUUCAAUUUACGUUCGGGGAGCCCUGGCCUUUCU